CCAAAGACCCCAGUGGACUAACCAAUGCAGUGCCGGUGGCCAGUUUUACAACGCUGUAUCCAGCAAGCAUACUGCACAACAAUGGCAACUUUGGAGCAGACCAAGGAGACCUUCCGAUGUGCAGAUGCGGUGUGCUUUGAUGUGGACAGCACGGUCAUUCGUGAGGAAGGUAUAGAUGAGCUGGCCAAGUUCUGCGGAGUCGGCGAUGCAGUGCAGGAAAUGACUCGCAACGCCAUGGGUGGGUCAGUUACUUUCAAAAAAGCUCUGACAGAUCGGCUGUCAAUCAUAAAGUGCUCCAGGGAACAGGUCAACAAGCUUCUCACUGACCAUCCUCCCCAGUUGACUCCAGGUAUUAAAGAGCUUGUUGACCGACUACAUGAGAGAAAUGUGAAGGUAUUUCUUAUCUCUGGAGGAUUUCGCUGUAUCGUGGAACAUGUUGCCAGUCAGCUCAGCAUACCUCAUGAGAAUGUCUACGCAAACCGACUCAAGUUCUACUUCAACGGUGAAUUCGCUGGUUUUGACGAGACUCAGCCCACUGCAGAGUCGGGUGGCAAGGGCCGAGUCAUCAGCAUGCUGAAAGAGAAGUAUGGCUUUAAGAAGGUGGUGAUGAUCGGAGAUGGUGCCACAGAUCUCGAGGCCUGCCCUCCAGCUGGUGCCUUCAUUGGGUUCGGGGGAAAUGUUGUCAGGCCUCAAGUGAAGGACCGAAGCCUGUGGUACGUUACAAGUUUUGGAGAGCUGCUGAAGGAACUGGAAAUGAUAUAACCUUGAAGGGAGAUCUGUUACGUUUUCAUGACCGAAAUAUUGUGCUUCUGUGCCUUUUCUAGUAUUUUUUUUAUUUUGUUCAAUUUUUAGGCAGAUGCACUUUGUGUGUGGAGGGAUUGUAAUUAUAAAUGAAAGCAUUUGACACAACUUGAAAUGUUAACAUACAAUAUAAAGAUCCGUCACAAGGAGGUGUUUUUAAAGAUAUUCAGUUAAUUAUUUUAAUUAAACAUUCCAGUGUUUUGUGGCUAUUUCAAGUUGCCAGUUGUUUUUCAACUGCACUUAAUGUGGUCUUGAUCAAUUUUCUGAUGAGAAAAAUACUAAACCUGCUGCAGUGUUGCUUGUAACAAUGUGCAUUUUGCAUAUUUUUAAAUGGAAAGGUUUUUAAUUUUGCUACUGACACUAAAUAGAGAAGAAUAAAGUUUUAAUAUCUAA